UGGAGAUGGAUGAUUGCUCCUAGCCUGGCAGCAAAGCGCUCCUGCGUACGGGUAUCCAUGCGUAUUAGAUGAGACGGGCUCUUCCAGGUCGCCUGCGGCCUUCGCUGCCUUCCAAGUUAGGUAAGUUACCGUAUUCGAGAACAGAAAGCCCCAGCGGCAGGCAGGCGCAGACAGUGCAGUGGGGACUCCACCGUAGUGUAAUCCGUACUCGGUGCAGGGCGUCCCGCUCGGAAUUAAGACUCGACAUCCAUUAAAGUCAAUUCGAUCCCCGCACUCCCCUGACCCGACCCCGCUUCCAACCGGCCCAGCGCGCUGUUGCAUCACUCACUGCAGCCAAGCAACCUCCGUCUACCCAUCAUGUCGAAACGGUUGUCGCUGUUCAAGAAGCUCAGCGGCGACGGCCCAGUCAACGGCCCAGUCGACGCCCCGCCGGCAUACAAUGCCAUCUCCAACGACGCGCAGCUAGCGGACGGUCUGGCGCCGUCGGACCUGGCAGUGCCGCCCGUCGACGAGCCCGUCAACCUGGAAGCCGCCUUUGAGAAGCUGAACCUGUCCGACACCCCCGCCAAUCCCACCGUCCCAACUUGCCUCGCCCACUUGAAGCUGCUGUUUGCCAUCCAGUCCAUGAAGGAGGAUGUCGGCUACACGGACGGUCUCUGGGGCUUGUGGGAUUCACGCGUCGGACCGCUCGACCCUCUGGCAGUGAGCACCGAAAAGAAGGGUGCCGCCGCAGCGGCCGCCUCCGCUGACGCGCAGCCGACUCCAGAGCAGCUGGCGCGAAACAAGCAGCUCGAGCUUCUGAGCCAAGUCCGCGAGAAGCGCUGGGCCUUGUUCGUCGCGCGCGCCGUCGAACGUUAUGAAGUAUGGUGGAAGUCGCUCCGAGGAAAGCCGCUGACGGAGCGGGACAUGGACAUCGCCGGCUCAGAUUCGUACGAAAAAUUCCCGAGCAGUCCCAUCGCCCUCACGGAAUGGAGCGAGAAGUCGAUGCUCCCACUUGAUGUGCUCAUGGUUUGGCACACGCACAUGCUCAACCCUCGAGCGUUCCUCGAAGACGCCAUGCUCGCCGGGCUGAGGUCCCUGUGGACAUCUGGAAUGCCCUGGGAAACCGUUAACAAGGCCAUCGACUCCAACUUUGCGUACAAAGUCUCUGACGACUGCAAGGCUUAUUGGGCCGCCGGGACGGGUCUUUCUUGGGAAAACGCAGACGAUCCUCUGAUCAAGAACCUGCGAUGUCCCCGCUGCAACACGUGGCUCCAGAUCCCAUGGACGACCUGCGGUCUUCCCGAGGAUCAUAAACCCGGCGGCGAGGAUCCCGGGCUCAUCGGGAACGGCUACGGCGACGGGAAUCUCCAAUAUUUAUGCUCGGGUUGCGGUAUCAACAUCCGUAAGGAGCUACUCGCAGCCGCCAAGUUUGUUCGAGACACGCAGGCCCUGCUCGGUCCAGAAAAUCGGCCAAUGCCGGGAACUCUGCUGGAUCCAAAAUCGGGCAUGCCUGAGCCCCCGCCGGUGCUCGAGAGUUUGCGCUCGGUUUUGCCUCGCACAUUCCCUAACCGUCUUCUGAAGAGCGGCUGCAAUUCCAUCAGGACACGCGUCACCAGCCUCAUUACCUCAUACACGUACCCAGACCCCACCAUCGAGGAUAUCCGAAAAGAGAUUGAGAAGGUCUUUGGGAAUAGGCAGUGGCUGAGAGAGGUUGACGGGCUGGACAGGCCGGGAGCCAUUUCGAGAAAUGGUCCUCUGAGCCCGGUUGCGCGCAUUUGUGUCCGCAAGAUGAUGUCUCGGUACUGGGAAAACUUCGGCCACUUUGCCCUCGAUCUCUCCGGGGGUGUUAUGCGCCAGGGUAUCUUCAUUGAGAAAAUGUACAAGCUGGACUGGCUGCACAGUCCCGCGGCCACAGACACUAUGGCGCGGCUGCUCGUCAAGUACGACCGCUUCACCCAGAUCAUGCGCGCCAACCCCGGCCGCGUUGCGGUGCCCACGCUCGACGUCGAUCUCGCCUGGCACACACACCAGCUCAGCCCAAGCAUGUACUACCACUUCACCACCAACCGGGUCAAGAAAUUCACCGACCACGACGACAAGAUCGACGAGAACACGCUCAACCUCCAGUUUGAGUGGACAAGCAAGGAGUACCAGGACCGGUUCGGCGAGGUGUACAGCGAGUGCACGUGUUGGUACUGCGAGUGUAAGAGGGUUCGCUUGUCCGGCUAUCAUCUGCCUUGUGCUAACAGUUCCUGCGAAUCCCUGAAGCUAUUCGAUCUUCUCACAUAAACCCGGUGGGCAAAGUCCUAGGCAUGUCCAAGCAAGAGAAGCGUAUGUCUCCCAGCCUCUUUUGCCCGCCACAUCAUAUAUAUAUCUGGCUUCGGCCCCGCUAACCCAUGU